CGAAAGGGGACGUCCAGCCGUGGGAGCGCGCCGGACCUGGGCGCUGUUAUCACGUGAAGAUCGAUGGCAUCACGGGGGCAGCUUCGUUCGUCCUCCAGCCGAACCCCUCUCCCCGACAUUGACCUGGAAUCUGACGGCUUUACGCGUGCUGAACCUAAGUCGGCUCGUCGUGGCGCUGCCAAGCGCAAUCGCUACGACUAUAGGUUCGAAGCCCACGUGCUCCAGCAGCUGCAUAUCCUCGAGGAGGACCGCCAAGCCCUCUGGCAGGCUGAGCACCUCACCCCUCUGCAGUACCUGGAAACCCACAUGAAUGUCCCUCGCCCCAACAUCUGCAAGUGGGUCAAGGAGGAGAACGAGAUCGUGGCGGGCGCCGCAGACGAAGUGAAGCAGACGCUACUCGCGAAACAGCAGCUAAAGCGGUGGUUUCCUACCGCCGAGAAGAAGCUCUACAAUCGUUUCUUGGCUCGCCGCAGGAAGAAGCUGAAGGUGUCGACCCUGUGGCUCACCGUCACGUUCCGGAAGCUGCUGGAGGAGCACCACCCUACCGACAGCCGGGCGGCAUUGUUUCGACCUUCCUUCCGGUGGAUGCAAAAAUGGGCCAAGAGACAAAAAGUGGGGUUCCACAGGAGGUUCCGCCAGGUGAUCCGCGAGCCGGUGCAGCGGAGGAAGGUAGUCUUCCCUGAGAGUGCAUCACUGUCUACGGGUGGUGCGGAGGAGCCCAGGCUGGCUAGAAAGUACGGGCAGUUCCAGCUGUCGGAGCGUUUCGACGUGGAUCAGCCAGCCCUUGCCGGACUGGAGAAAAGGCAGUGCACCAUGCAAGUCAUCUUUGGUCCCGGUAAGAGGGUUACGCGGAUUGCCCUCAUUUUCAGAGGCACGGGGAAGCGAAUCUCGAAGGUGAAGAAGGUCGCGUACCACAGGAGUGUGGAUGUCUUCUUCCAAGCAAACGCAUGGGCUGACCAGGACUUCUGCAUGGAGUGGGCCAAGAAGUCCUUUCGCCCGAGCUUGAUGCGCGGGAGGAGCCAGCUCCCCAUAGCGAGGACCCUCCUUCUCAUGGACAACUUGCACGCGCAGACGACGGACAAGUUCAAGGACUAUCUGUCCAAGCAAUGCACCACCCUUCCCUGGUUUUUUCCGACCGAGACCACGGACGAACUGCAGUCCGUCGACGCGGGAGCCGGACGCUUUCUGAAGGUGGAGGAUGGGAAGCGAAUGGAUAUGUGGUGGGAGCAGGCGGACAACGUCGAAAGGUGGGAAAGCAACUCGUUGACGGCGUCUGACCGGCGCGUGCUGAUCACGCAGUGGGUUGGGGCAGCCAUGGAAGAACUCAACAGCCGCGAGGAAUACCGGUUCCACCUUUUCGAAAAGUGUGGCAUGGCGAAGACUGUCGACGGUUCAGGCGAUGGCCGAAUCACCUUGGAGGGUCUGGACAAGCCGUACACCUUCGCGGGCGAUGGGGACUCCAGCGACGACGAGGGAUCUUCCGAGACUAGCAACGAUGGGUGCGGGGGUGGGAAUGACCAGACGGUUGAGGGCGGGGGGGACCACAGCGGCGAGGGCGUGGAGGACGGCGAUUCUAGCGACGAAGACACUCGUGGAAAGUUGGAUGCCCACCAGGAGACGGCCAGUGGCCAGAUGGACGAGCUGAGUCUUGUGGACGACGACGACAGCAUGGAAUCGCACGACAAGAUUCACGCCAUGGAGAAUCCGGAUGGGUUUCGCAUUCAAGCAUCUACAUCGGCAGCUCUUGACAGUUCGUUACUGCAGCGUGGAGUACUCAUGGACGAGCUGAGUCUUGUGGACGACGACGACAGCAUGGAAUCGCACGACAAGAUUCACGCCAUGGAGAAUCCGGAUGGGUUUCGCAUUCAAGCAUCUACAUCGGCAGCUCUUGACAGUUCGUUACUGCAGCGUGGAGUACUCGUUAGGCUGGGUAUGGGGUGUUUUGGGGGGGUGAUCACUCGACAGUCUCAGAAGCGCACUCGCCACCUUUACGACUACCGUGUGCAUCUCGACCUAGACCAAAGUACGCGCAGUAUGAAGCUGCCGUUGGAAAUGUACAGAGGAGAUCCGGAUGCGGUGGUGGGCUCGUGGAUCUUGCUUGAGAGGAGCACGGUCGAGCAGGUGGAUGGGGGCGGAGCUGCAGCCACGUUGGGCGGUAGCAGAGCGGGAAGGGAACGCAGGCCGAACGUGACCCUUAUCGACCAAGAAGGUUGA